AGACACAAAGCGGAUCAGCCUGGGGGCGGGGGCCGACCUGCAGGGCUCUCCCUCAAGAGGCCAGUCCUCCGCCGCCCCUCGCUUAGGACCCUGCGGACACCGCGUCCCGCGUCCACGCCCUCCCCUCAACCCUCUUCCACCCUUCAAAAGAAGGACCGUCCCAGACACCACGUCCCAGGGCCAGAAGACCUGCUCCACUACAGCCGGUGGAGACACCCCUGACCAGAGAGACUGACAACGCGACAGGAUCCGCCCCUCUGCUUCCACCUCCCAGGGACCUCCUCUGCCCCGCCGCCCCGCGAAGUGCUGGGGACCAGACGCCUGUCGCGCUCCUGCUGGGGGGACCCGCGGCUGGGCAGCCAGCUGGCGCCCGCGUAGAUGGCGAGGAGCCCCCAAGGCCUCCUGAUGCUGCUGCUGCUGCACUACUUGAUGCUCGCCCUGGACUAUCAUAAGGCAAAUGGAUUUUCUGCAUCAAAAGACCACCGUCAAGAAGUUACAGUAAUAGAGUACCAAGAGGCUAUUUUAGCUUGUAAAACCCCAAAGAAGACCACUUCCUCCAGGUUGGAGUGGAAGAAGGUGGGACAGGGUAUCUCCUUGGUCUACUAUCAACAGGCUCUCCAAGGUGACUUUAAAGAUCGUGCUGAGAUGAUAGAUUUCAAUAUACGAAUCAAAAAUGUUACAAGAAAUGAUGCUGGAGAGUAUCGCUGUGAAGUCAGCGCUCCGACUGAGCAAGGCCAGAACCUACAGGAGGAUACAGUCAUGCUAGAAGUACUGGUGGCUCCUGCUGUUCCUUCAUGUGAAGUCCCCACUUCUGUCAUGAGUGGAAGUGUUGUGGAGCUACGAUGUCAAGAUAAAGAAGGAAAUCCAGCCCCCGAGUACAUAUGGUUUAAAGAUGGCACAAGUUUGCUAGGGAAUCCAAAAGGCGGUGUACACAACAACAGCUCAUACACAAUGAAUACGAAAUCUGGAGUUCUGCAAUUCAACAUGAUUUCCAAGAUGGACAGUGGGGAGUAUCACUGUGAGGCCAGGAACUCUGUUGGCCAUCGCAGAUGCCCUGGGAAACGAAUGCAAGUAGAUGUUCUCAACAUAAGCGGCAUCAUUGCGGCUGUUGUUGUGGUGGCCUUCGUGAUUUCUGUAUGUGGCCUUAGUGUAUGCUAUGCUCAGAGAAAAGGCUACUUUUCAAAAGAAACUUCUUUCCAGAAGGGUAGUCCUGCAGCUAAAGCUACGACGAUGAGCGAAAAUGAUUUCAAGCACACAAAAUCCUUUAUAAUUUAAAAGAAUUCCACUUUUGAGAUGCACCAAAACCAGUUGUCACACAAGUUAUUAAAAUAUUGUAAAACUCGA